AUGCCUGCGCGCGUGAGGAGCAUUGGCGCCAGACUGCCGGCGGCUCGCAUCCACAGCCGAAGCUUGUUCCUGCCAGGUCUCAGCGCCAAGGGACAAAAGUACCGCACGUUCGAGCAGCAGAAAGUUGUGCAGUUCCCCGUCCCGACCAUCUACGGUGCCGUCUCCGACGUUGCUCGGUACGCCGACUUCCUUCCGUGGUGUACCGCGUCUCGCGUGCUCGAAAGGCGGCAGGCUGACGGGCCGGGCGGGCCUGAGCCUGGCGCCCAUGCUGCUGAGCCGGGUGCUUCCGAGGAGCUCCUAACAGAGGUCGAGGUGGGUUACAUGGGCCUCGCCGCGCGCUUCGGCUCGACGGUGACGCUGCUGCGCGACCGGCGCGUCCACUCCGUCUCCGAACCCAACGAGUUUCUGGACUCGUUGAAUUUCACAUGGGA